CUGCCACUGCUCUUGUGACUCUUCUUGUCCUCUCCUUCCCCAAAUUCUCCAAUAAACUUUGCCUUUGGUUUAAAGAAGGCGGUGGCCGCCUCCGGUUCAUAUUUCCUGCCAUUUGCAUUUGUCUUUCGACAUCUUGUUGCCAAGCCGCAUAGCAGAGCGCAUCAUAUUACCCCGCUGCUUUUUUCCCACCUGCCUUAGACUCUUGCUUCACGUCCUAGUCCCGAUUCAUCUGCUCUAGACCUUCGUAAACUCGACGUCACAGAACUUUGACCACGCAUAAUCAAAUCGUAGAGCUCGGAUUCUCUCAGCGCGAUUUGGUUGCUCCUUCAACUGCCAAAAUGACGAAACCGACAAAGCCAAAGUUGCCCGCGAAGCAGCUGGCCAUUCUGGCCGUUGCGCGGUUCGCGGAGCCUCUCGCCCUCACAUCCGUCUUCCCAUACCUCCCCGAGAUGAUUCGCAGUUUCGGCGUGGAACAGAACGACGUCGCAAAAUGGGCCGGUAUCACGUCCGCCGUAUUCUCCCUCUCGCAGAGUGUAACUGCGGUCCCGUGGGGUAGAGCUUCUGAUCGAUUUGGAAGAAAGCCAACCAUCAUCGUCGGCCUGCUAUCAACAAUGUUCUUCUUCUGUGUUUGUGGUGUUUCAACAAGUCUGCCUAUGGCAAUCACUGUGAGAGCUAUUCUCGGAAGUGGUAACGGAAAUGUUGGAAUUAUCCGCACCAUGGUUGCAGAGAUGGUGCCAGAAAAGGAACUACAACCCCGCGCAUUCUCGAUUAUGCCUCUCAUCUGGUCCGUUGGCUCCAUCUUCGGCCCAGCGUUUGGCGGAUUCUUUGCCAGGCCUGCCGACCGCUUCCCCGCCGUCUUUGGCGAUAGCUGGUUCUUCAUCGCGUAUCCCUUUGCUUUGCCAAACUUCAUUGCUGCGGUCUUCUUCUUCAUCUCAGUCACAACCGCCACUCUCUUCCUCAAGGAAACGCUCGAGAGCAAGCGACACAAGCCCGACUGGGGACUCCUGAUGGGCGAGCGCAUCACCCGCUCAUUCCGCCGCUCUCGUCAUCACCACCAUCACCAUGCUAGAGCCCGACGCACCUCGUUUGUUGACGGCGAGGCUACCGCGCCCCUGGUGCCUCACAAGACUCCUCCGACACACCCGGUCGAGGACAAUAAGGCCCUAGAGGCACCCAGCAUGAAGGAAGUCUUCACUGCUCAGACGAGCAUCAACUUGCUUUGCUACACCUUCCUCGCCCUCCACUCCGUGGCGUUUGAUCAAGUUCUUCCGGUGUUCCUGAACUACCCCCAGCAGGAGCACACUCCGGAGAACACGAGCCUGCCCUUCCGAUUUUCUGGUGGCUUUGGUCUCGACUCUGGCCGUAUUGGUACCAUUUUCACCAUCUAUGGAAUUACUUGCGGCGUGAUCCAGUUCUUCGUCUUCCCGCCUCUGUGCAAUUACUUUGGUGUCCUGCGCUGUUUCCGCGCAUGCGCCGUGACUUUCCCCAUCGUCUACAUUCUGGCCCCUUACGUGGUCCUCUUCGAGAGCACUGCUGGGCGCUACACCGCUCUCUUGAUCGUCAUGUUCGUCAAAGCCUGUGCCGUAAUCAUUGGCUUCCCGUGCAUGACCAUCCUCCUGACCAAUUCGGCCUCUUCGCUCCGUAUCCUGGGUACCCUCAACGGCUUCGCUACUAUGUUCAGUGGAUUCGGCCGUGCUUUCGGUCCCGCCGUUGCGGGUGCCGCUUUCAGCUGGGGUGUUGCUAGAGGCUAUGUCAUCACCGCUUACUGGUUCCUCGCGCUCACUGCCAUCAUUGGAGCCAUCCCCAUCUACAUGCUGGUCGAUUACGAUGCUCUGACUCAAACUCCCGACACGAGUGAUGACGAGGAUGAGAGUGUUAGCGAUGAGGGCUAUGCCAGCGAAGGCAGUGCUGUUGCUUCUGGUAGUGGACAGGCUGCCCCGAAUGAGACGGCGCCGUUGUUGAGUGCGAAGAAUGGGGCACCGGGAUACGAUUCCGUCAGUCUCACGCGGUCUUGAGGUGCCUAUCUACUAUCCCUUGGUGACUGGCAUGCUGCUUUCAUGCUUUUCGCAAGCGCGCAAUUGACGUUUCGAACGAGAAUGACACAACAACGAAACGAUAUAUACGAGAUUUACGGCCAGCUCUCCUGAGGGGUUUGAAAUUGUGACUAGCAUCGGUUGGUGCUUUCCUCACCUUUGUGGCAUAUAUAGGUCCAUCAUUGCCUGGCGUCUAGCAUUGCAGGUUCCGUAACGGCUUGUUUUGUUGUCAUUGAGGGCAUUCAUUCUAGUUUGGUUCUGGGCGGUUAUCAAAAGCAUCAUUAUUGUUUGGUUUCGUUGUGACACUUGGACACAUCCACAUGGGCAUUGCUCUUUGCGAGUAGAAGUUUCGGACCAUUUAUAGCAGCUUAAUAUCACACACAUGUCA